CUCUAGUACGUCUUAGUAUCGACCCGUACCCAACCGCACUCGAUUCGUAUCGCAAGAUCUGCCUGUCCUCCACCUUCAGGCCGAGCGCCGCCCGGCGCCGAGCAGCUUGCAGACAAGGCUGCUGGCCUCUCCCUGGACGCUUAUGGGACUGCUCGCCUGGCGGCUCUGGCUCUGACCCGCCGAGAGCUCUUUAUGCGGGCCGAGAUCGUCAUCUUCGGCAAUCGCGGUCAGGGUGGCCCCUCUGGGCUUCCGCAGAUAGCCGCAGAGGUCACCUGGUGGAGCGGCGCGGCGCCGUGUACCCAGGCUUCCUCCCGGCGGCGAGCACCCCAGCGCUAGUUCUGCCCGCUGCGCCGACCCGCUCCCCCCCUAGCGUGAUCGGGAAUCACGAGGUGAAGGGGUUCGUGGAUCGGGUCGUGGCGAGCGGCGGGAGCAGCAGCCGCCCGCCCCGCGACCCUCUCGCGACCGAGUUCCUCAUAAGCCGCGUCCGCGAGCUCGAGAAGCAGGUGGAGGACCUCGAAAACAAGAUGUGGGAGAUGAAAAACCGAUCCGAGUCCGUCGAAACAACGGCCUUCACGCAUACCCGGGUACCAGGCUGUGGUUCGAUCGGACCCGCUCGGCCGAGGCGGCUCAUUCGCUCGCCGAAAGCAACUUCAGGCUCGCCGCGCUUUGCGCGGAGCGGCUGUACCAGGGCUGGUGGAUGAUGGUCGAGACGGCGUACGGCGCCGGGUGGCGCCCGCCCACCGAGCCGGACGAGGAGAAGGACGUGUGCGACCACCAGCGGUUCGCCUUCUUCGACCGCGGCCACGACUGCUGCAGCGGCGAGAGGCCCAAGUUCGACUGGGACCCAACCGAGCUACGCGAUCGGAUGGAAAAGGCGCUCGAAGAGCCGUGCACAUGCCUCAAUCUUCGCGUUGUCGGCGAGUGAGAGGCGUCUUCCGCCUCCGUGCCGGCCCGUCCCGCGGAGCGAUUUUGGGCUCUGUCUGAGGGUACGAGACCGGGGUGGUGUCUAAAUAUUA